CUCACGUUUUCUAUUGCGCCCAAACUCGGAUAUGUCUCAUUCACGCGGAUUGGGACCUUAUUUCUCCGCGUUUUCAUUCAAACACGGAUCACUCUUUAUUAUUCACCGACAGGCACAGCGCGCCGUCAAUGUCAAUACCUGAUACGCGCCCGCGUGGUAAUGUCUGGAUGCUUAGCCGGUAAUGCUCUGUUGUUGCCUUGCUUAACGCUGAAAUCUGAGGCACUUGGUUUGUAUAAAAAGGUCCUUGAUUCCUCUUCAAUUCUCCAGCAUUGGAAUCACCUAUCAUGUUCUCUCUUCUCUCUCUCGGAAUCGCCUUAGCUUCGCUCAAAACAGGCUUAGCAGCCGUAUACGAUGAUCCCAGCCAGCUACCUACAGAUAAACAGUACGAUUUCGUCGUCGUAGGAGCGGGGACGGCGGGAAACGUCAUAGCUGCACGCCUGGCUGAGAAUGCCAACACCUCUGUUCUCGUUAUCGAAGCAGGGAGAAACAAUGUCGGAUACGAUUCUGACCUCAUCACCAUUCCAUUCCUUGGUCCUCAAGCAUCGCCGCACACGUCCUUCGACUGGAAUUAUACUACAGUACCUCAGGAGCCGCUGAACAACCAACUCAUUGCCUACCCUCGAGGCUAUGUUCUUGGAGGCAGCAGUUCAACGAACUAUAUGGUAUACACUCGCGGUUCUUCAGACGACUAUGAUCGUUUUGCUGAAUUGGCUGGUGACGACGGCUGGAACUGGGAUAACUUGUUCCCCUAUGCUCUUAAGAAUGAGAAGCACGUCCCUCCUAACGAUGGUCAUAACGAGACUGGACAGUACAUUCCUUCAAUCCACGGGACCGACGGGCCACUGGAGACAAGUUUAUACGGCUACGCGGCGGAUAUCGACAACCGAGUGAUCGCUACAACGUCAGAACUCAGCGAAGAAUUCCCAUGGAAUCCGGAUUAUAACUCUGGGAAUAUGUUGGGCGUUUCAUGGAUGCACAGUACGAUCGGUGGACCUCUGAGGAGCAGUUCUGCGACCGCGUACCUCGUACCGGCGUUGAGCAACUAUUCUAAUCUCGACCUAGUUUACAACAGUCAAGUCACAAGGCUGAUUCAGAAUGGUGAAAUCGAUGGUCUUCCCGUAUUCACCACCGUCGAGUUUGCUAAGAAUCCUACUGCCCCUCGUUACAAUGUUUCUGCCACAUGCGAAGUCAUUCUAUCGGCAGGCGCCAUUGGAACUCCCCAGAUACUCAUGCUCUCGGGAAUUGGCAGAUCUUUGGACUUGACCGCCGUUGGCAUCAAUCCUAUUGUUGACUUGCCCGAGGUGGGCCAGAAUCUGGUCGAUCACCCGUUGUUGCCCAUCCAGUGGAACGCAAACAGCAACGAGACUUUGGAUCCUCUCUUCCGUGGUGGAGCAGCCUUCGAUGCCGCCCUCGAACAAUACCACGCGAACGGAACAGGUCGUCUUGCUGCGAACGGAGUAUCGAAUCACAUGGCCUUCUACCGUCUUCCGGAGAAUUCAUCCGUCCUUGCUGAGUUUGAAGAUCCGACUUCUGGACCUGGUGCUCCUCAUUAUGAACAUGCCUACGCUAAUGGAUUCUUCACUACGUCUCAAACUCAGCCCACCUCCGGGUCAUACUUCUCCAUCAUCAAUGUUAUCGUUACACCUACUUCUCGCGGAGCCAUAACUCUUGCGUCCAAUGAUCCUUUCCAGCACCCUACGAUCGAUCCCAAGAUGCUCACCAGUGACUAUGAUGUCAGCGUUAUGGUUGAGAGUGUCAAGGCCGCCCAACGCUUUGCUGCGGCACAUGCUUGGGAUGGGUACAUCACUGGACCGUAUAUUGACUCGGUGAACGCUACCACAGAUGACGGUAUCAAGGAAUACAUGAGCCAAUGGGCGACUACUAUCAAGCAUCCGUUCUGCACUGCUAGGUUAAGCAAGGAGGAUGGUGAAGGGGUUGCUGACGGUCAGCUCCUGCUCAAGAAGGCUAAGGGAGUCCGGAUUGUCGAUGCCUCGGUCUUUCCUAUCAUUCCUGCCGGUCAUCCUCAAGCCAUGAUUUAUAUUGUGGCCGAACGUGCUGCUGAUGUGAUCAAGGCGACAUGGGGCAUGUAAAUGGGUCAAGUUAGUAUUUAAGGUCUUGAACCUCUCAUUUAUUCCAUUCACCUGGACCGUAUACUACUUAUCGUUACUCUAUAGUAGUACUAUACACUCUGUAUAAUCUUCGUACAUGAAUCUAUUGUAAUCACGCAUUAAAUAAACAGCCUUCUGAUGUCGACCCGGAGCAUUUUGUUCAGUUCUUCAUGGUGCCUGACCCGUUAAUGUUUUUGUAGAAGAAAGCAAUGUAUCGAAUCCCUCAGCCGAAGGCCACUAGUCACUAUCAUUGUACAACUUCCAAGAAAGGUGGUCAACAC